AUGGACCCCUCACAAGUCAAGAUUCCGCCUAUGAAAGACUUAACGGCGGACAACAUCACCCAGAACGUCCACACGAUUAACUCCCUAUGCGAGGAUGAGCGCAUGAAAUACGUCCUCGAACGCCUGGUCACGCACCUGCACGAUUUCGCACGCGAGACCAGGCUCAGCACCCAGGAAUGGAUGACCGGCUUGCUCUUCCUCACAGAGGUAGGGAAGAUCUGUACUGAUGUGCGACAGGAAUUCAUCCUCCUCAGCGACGUCCUUGGCCUUUCCCUCCUAGUCGACAGCAUCGACCACCCCAAACCCCCCGGCUCAACCGAAGGCACCGUCCUCGGUCCCUUCCACACGCACGACGCUGAAGAAAUCACCACCGGCGCUUCCAUGUCCCACGACCCAAAGGGUGAGCCCCUCCUCGUUGUCUGCACACUCAAAGACACAGCCGGCCGCCCAAUCCCCAACGUCAAAAUCGACAUCUGGGAAACAGACUCCACGGGCCACUACGACGUGCAGUACCCCGGCCGCGACAAGCCCGACGGCCGAUGUUACAUGCACAGCGGCGAGGACGGAGUAUUCUGGUUCCAUGCGAUUACGCCCGUACCGUAUCCGAUUCCGCACGACGGGCCUGUGGGCAAGUUGUUGAAGAAGUUGCAUCGGCAUCCGUACCGGCCGUCGCAUAUGCAUUUCAUGUUCGAGAAGGAGGGCUAUGAUCAUUUGAUUACGGCGUUGUAUUUGCGGAAUGAUCCGUAUGAGACGUCGGAUGCAGUUUUUGGGGUGAAGAAUUCGUUAGUUGUUGAUAUUGGGCGGGCGGGGCCGGAGUAUGCAAGGAAGUAUGGGGUUUCCGAGGAUCAUGCGUUGUUGACGUAUGAUUUUGUGUUGGUUUCUGAUACCGAGACGGGUGACUUACGGGCGAGGAAUUCGAAGGAGGCGUUGGAUAAGUUGGGGAGGAAGGUUAAGAUUGUUAACGGGUUACCUGUGCCGGAUUUAGAUUAA